AUGCAACAUUCAUGUUCACAUACAUGUCAACAUAUUGAUGAAACAAAUGUUGGUCAAUGGAAUUUAUAUACAAAAAUUGAUAAAUAUAAUUUACAAUGUUAUAAUGAAAAACAUGAUGGUUCAGGUAAAGAUGUAUUUCGAGCAUGGGAAGAACGACUUGAUCGAUCAAAAUUAUAUUUUGUAGUUGAAAGUGAUGAUGAACAAGAAUUACUUUUCAGUAUACCAUUUAAUGGUGCUCUAAAAAUAACUGGUCUAUGUGUUAUUGGUGAAAAUGAUCCAUCACAUCCAAAUACAGUUAAAUUAUAUGUGGAUAUAUCUUCUUCUACAUGCAAUAAUGUUCAGUGUCUAUGGAGUAAUUUACCUGAAUUACGUUUUGAUAAUACUCGUGGAAAAGCUCAUCAAGAAAUUUCACUUACAUAUGAUCCAUCGGGUACAUUAGCUUAUCAAGUCAAUCGAUCACAUUUUUCACGUGUAACACAUUUAUCUUUAUAUUUUUCUUCGAAUUUCGGCGAUGAAACAACUCGUAUUUACUAUAUUGGUCUUCGUGGUGAAUAUCUUGGAGAAGUAAAAUCUAAAAUAGUCACUACAACGUAUGAAGAUAGACCACAAUUAAAAGAUCACAAAGUGGAUGAUUUUUUAACAGGCAAUCGUGAAAUACAAUAA